UUUAAUCCCUACGUAGUCUCCUUGGGCACUCCAGCAGUAUCCUACCACUACCCUCGCAUUUCAGUACAAAUUUUAUCCCUUCUGGUUCGCUCCAUUUCAUUCGGUCGUGUUCUGUUUCAGCGAACUAUGAGCUUUCUCCGGUUUCGACGCGGAGCAUCAGAGAACAGUUACUUCAAACAAGAAAGCGAGUUGCAGGCGAGCAGAUUAAGGGAGUCCGCUCAAUUGCGUUCCCAGAAUAACACCGAAGCCCACUCUGUAAGCAGCAAUGGCGAUGCCACGUCAGCAUCCCCUCCUGCAACUACCAACCUCGAGGAUGCCGUGGAUGUGCUCCCGGAAAUCCUCAGCCAUCGAUUGCCUCUCGCGAGCCGAUCUGAACCGUUGAUUGACGUAAGGCAUUCGCCGGGUGGAAGUGGAGAUACUAUGACCGAGAGAGAUGGAGUUGAUAACAGAUUCGCACACGUCAGCAGAUCAGCGCCUGGUGCAUCUGCACACGUCAGCAGAGCGUCUUCGGGAUUGCCUGGUGCUUUGGAGGGAGCAUUGGGACAUGUUCCAGAGACGAGGCUCGGCAGGAGCAAAUACCAGAUAUCGUUCGAUGGCGCGCACAUGCCUUCUCCCUCCACAGCCAACGAGAGGAGGCCACGUGGGCCAGACAAGGCCACGGCAGAGGGCAUGGCGCAAGCCCUACGCAUGGUCCCACUUUUGCCAUGUGUUUUUCUUGGAUGUGUGCAGUGACCAAAUCAUUCGCUAUAGCCACCGUGAUUGUAGCUGGGGGGACUGCUCUCGCCGUUGCAGCCACCUUCCGAGCUUUGGAAAUUCAGUCGCUUGAGGACAUCCCAGUGAAGGGCAAAGCAGCCAUCCAACCACGAAUUGAUGCCAUUUCUCAGUGGUUCUCCCCUCUCAGUCACCAGGUGCACCAGGCAGCAGCAGAGUGGCACAUGAACGAAGGGGAUCAAUCUGCUGUGGGUUCAAAAUUCGCAGAGACGCUUGGAGCAAGGAGAGAGGCUCCCCCUGCUGGAUCUGAUGAUGUUGGAAUUGGUAAUGAGUCCCGGAACAGCGCAGACACAAGAUGAAUUGCAGAAGAGAGACAUGGACAGCCCAGGCAAGAAAUUCGCAGAGAUGCUUGGAGCAAGAAGAGAGGCUGCUGCUGGACCUGAUGACGCUGGAACCGGUAAUGAAACCUGGAAUAGUAGUUGCGCACAGACUCGAGAUGAAAUGAGGAAGAGAGGCAUGGCACGGCAUGGCAGCCCUUUUCCUUUCGGGUUUUGCAGUAUGUAGAGCACCCAUUGUGAAAGUGCAUGGUGGCAAUGGUUCAUGCUGUAAGUGGAGCAAGCAAACAUUGACUCUGAUCAGUCUGUCAGGCGAACCUUGUUUCGA